CGUCGCGAGCGGUUCGCUGCCCGACCUCCCCACGUCGCUCGCUCAACAGUGAUUAUACCAAUAGUCCAGGCCGGAUCCGGCGGCCUUUCGACGUCCGCGCACAAAGUUAUAUUUAAUCCCGACUCCCUCCAAAAGCAAUGCAAACGCACCAAUUCAACGCACAUAGAAACGGGAAAUAAGCAAGGAAAACCAGCUAAUCAAUCAGCUGGCGGCCAUUUUUGCUGGCACUAUUUCAGUGCUGUCGUCGCAGGCUUCCCCUCCCCAUUUCUGCAAGUGCAAUUUGUUCGAGUCACGGCAGAACAGCGAAAAAGUUUCCGCGAGAGUAUAAUUUGCAACACGUGUUGGCCACAGUGCGUAUGAUAAAUGUAAGUGGUGUUGUGCGCCCGUGAUGCCCAGUGAGUGUGCGUGAGUGUGUGGCACAUGGCUCCGAUUUGAAGCGUUUGGCAAAAUGCAAGUCGGCAAAAAUCUUCGUUCACUUUGCCACCUAUAACAUUUGUGGAUAUCGCGCAACCAGCAUCGGAGAGUCUAAGCAAAAGCACAAACCCAAACAAAAUAUAGUUUACUAACAAAAACUAAAAACAAACACGGAUACGUAUCAACAAUAAAUAAUCAAACUACAGCGCUCAAACAACCAAAGAACUAAGCAGAUAUUAGACUAGGUUAAUCAUUUCUCUAGAUCGUCUGGGCUAACACUCUUAAAAGCCUAUAGAGGAGUUCUUGAAAUUGAUCCCGCCACCCAUCAGAGUCUCAGCUUCCCGCAGAAAAUGUUACAGCAUCCCGCCACAGAUUUCUACGACUUGGCGGCGGCCAAUGCGGCUGCCGUGCUCACCGCCCGCCACACGCCCCCCUACAGUCCCACGGGUCUCACGGGAUCGGUGGCCCUGCACAACAACAACAACAACAGCGCCACCAGCAACAACAACAACAGCAGCAGCACCCUGGACAUCAUGACGCACAACGGCGGAGCAGGCGGUGGCCUCCACCUGAACAGCGGCAGCAACGGAGGCGGCGGGGUGGUCAGCGGGGGAGGCUCCGGCGGCAGGGAGAACCUGCCCAGCUUCGGCUUCACCCAGGAGCAGGUGGCCUGCGUCUGCGAGGUUCUGCAGCAGGCGGGCAACAUCGAAAGACUGGGCCGCUUCCUCUGGUCGCUGCCACAAUGUGAUAAGCUGCAACUGAACGAGUCCGUGCUGAAGGCCAAGGCGGUCGUUGCAUUCCAUCGCGGCCAGUACAAGGAGCUGUACCGCCUGCUCGAGCAUCACCACUUCUCGGCCCAGAAUCACGCCAAGCUCCAGGCCCUGUGGUUGAAAGCGCAUUAUGUGGAAGCCGAAAAACUGCGCGGAAGACCCUUGGGUGCUGUUGGCAAAUAUCGUGUUCGCCGUAAAUUUCCCCUGCCCCGCACCAUCUGGGAUGGCGAGGAGACGAGCUACUGUUUUAAGGAGAAAUCCCGCUCGGUACUGAGAGACUGGUACUCGCACAAUCCGUACCCGUCGCCACGGGAGAAACGCGACCUGGCGGAGGCCACAGGACUGACCACCACGCAGGUUUCCAAUUGGUUCAAGAAUCGACGACAAAGAGACCGGGCUGCCGAACAUAAAGACGGCUCCACGGACAAGCAGCACCUGGACUCCUCCAGCGACUCGGAGAUGGAGGGCAGCCUGCUGCCCAGCCAGAGUGCGCAGCAGCAGCAGCAGCAGCAACACUCCCCCGGCAACAGCAGCGGCAACAACAUCAACAACGGGCUGCAGCAGCAGCAACUGCAGCACGUUGCCGCCGAGCAGGGCCUGCAGCACCACCCACACCAGCAACACCCCGCCAGCAACAUCAGCAGUGUCGCCAGCAAAGGGGGCAGUGGCGUCGGCGGCGGCGGCGGCGGUGGAGGGGGCGUGAGUGCGGCAGCCGCUGCUGCCCAGAUGCAAAUGCCCCCGCUCACCGCCGCCGUGGCCUACUCGCACCUGCACAGCGUGAUGGGGGCCAUGCCCAUGACCGCCAUGUACGACAUGGGCGAGUACCAGCACUUAUGAUUCUAGUUGGAGGCGGCUGCUGCCGCCGGCGGCAGUGGCGGGGUCAGCGGAGGAGUCAGCGGAGGGGUCGCCGGAGGGGUCACCGCCAGCGGCAGCAACAUCGCCUGGCAGCAGCGUCAGCGCCACCAGCAGCACCAGCAGUCCGAGAGCUUCUACUUCUGAGGAUAGUUACUUAGCAAUAUCGGAAUCGCCGCAGUCCGUCAGCAUAGCAACUCAAAUUUUACAUAUCGCUCGAUUACUGAAAGGCUAUCAUGACUGAAUCACUUCGAAGUCGGGGGGAAAUCCACAAUUAUAGGGAAGCCCUAGCAGCAUUGAGUUCUUAUUUUCCCACACCAUGCUAAGAGAUCGCAUCCUAAAACCCUUACAGAAUAUUAGUAUAAAGUAACAUUCAUCUAAAACUUCGGAUAUCCCCAAAGAAAUCUUGAUUUCAGGCCUGAUAGCACUUCAGCAACUAACCGAUAUGCAAUCACAUAGUAACUAUCACACUUCUGGAUAACUUGGCAUUUUCCGCAGCGAGAGAUAGAGAGACAGCUUUUGGAAAAACUCCAGAAGGACACACUUGAACUAUGAUUACUGCAUCGAUCUGUGUAAAUAACUAGGCUUUAGUUUUAGUACGGUUGGACGGCCGACCGAAAUGCAAAUCAAAUCGAAACGUGCAAAAAUUAUACAUAUUUAAACCUACGUACAUGCAUAAAGUAUACACUUUUAAUUGUAGACUCUAGUAAUUCUAUUUUUGUUAAAAAUAAAUUCUAUUAAAUUAUUUUCAAAUGCAA